AUGAAAUUUGGCGAUACCUUGCCACGAUGCGCAAGGGACCAACCUGGUGGUGCCCAGCUCAGAGCAAGGCUAGUCGCCCCCAGAUUGGAAGUGGAAAUUGUCUCAAUGGGCUUGGUGAGCCACCAUAAGGUUCAGAGAGAAAUGCUGGCUGGGAGCAACCUUGUCAGCCCGUGGAACUCCGGUAGGCCGAGCCCAUUUUGUUUUUUUCUAGAUGGAUCCAGACAAAAGAAACAACUUGAAAAACAAAGCAGUAUGGACGGACAAAGAAAAUUUUCUUGA